AUGUGCACGAGCCCUGAACACGAGCCUUACAACGUGCAAAAUUAUCUCACAGUCAUCUGUAUCAGCUUGUCACUCAUAUGUCUAUUCUUGAAAGGUCUCGUGUACAUGCUCAACAGAAGUUCGCGGACCUUCUCUUCGAGGUGUACGUUAUGCCUCUCGGCUACGCUGUUCUGCAGCCAUUUGCUCUUUCUCCUGGGAAACAGCUUCGACGUCUCCAAGCCAGUGUGCGUGGUUUUCGCUGCUGUCCUGCACUACGGCUUCCUCUCCACCUUCUUUUGGACGAGCGUGCUCUCUUUCGACAUCUGGAAGAACGUUGCGGCCGUCCGGCUGUCGUCGAGCAGGCACGGCGGAUUCUUGCUCUACGCUCUCGUCGCUUGGGGUGGACCAGUCGUCGUCGUCGCGGUGUGCCUGGUGCUGGACUGGACGGCGCCGCACUUUGUGCUCUCGCCUCAGUACGGGCGCUUCGCCUGCUGGAUAGGCAGCCUUUGGAGCCAACUCGCCUUCUUCCUCAUGCCCAUGGUGAUCUUGCUCAUUCUAGACAUCGGCCUCUACAUCCACAUCGUCGUGAAGAUCAGGGACACCGCCAAACGUGCGGCUGCCUUUGACUUCAAAGGCGGUAGCAACAAGUCUCACAUGGCGCUGUUUGUGAAGCUCGCAUUCAUCAUGGGCACGACUUGGCUUCUGGGCUUCGUCGGUGCGUUCGUCAAUGCUCUUGCCCUCGACAUCAUCGUCAUCGUUUUGAUCGGCCUUCAGGGAGUGUACUUGUUCUUCGGCUUCAAGGACUACGAACAUCUGCUUCCGAAGCGAUUCAGAAGAAAACGAAGAGCCGUUGCUACAGGCGUAUCUACUACGCAUACCGAGCUAUCUUCAUCGGGAAAAGACUUCAGUUCGAGAGAAGACAUCAGUCGGUCUCCGGCUGCCAGGUCAUCCGAAAAGCAGAACUAAGAGUGUGUGGGUGCGGUGUCCCUGUUUCCUUUUACCGACUACAUUGCGCAUCAUACAUAUCGUGACGUAGUAUUUGAGCGCGCAUGGAAAAAGAAAACGCACCUGCAUACGAAACUUUGACGACAACUGUGUAAUAAUGUAUGAUAUGUGCGUGCACUUAAUUCAUUCAGGAGCCGGACAUAUUUGGUUAUGAACUGUAAUAACUGCGUUGUCCAAAAUAAUUCUAAACGAGGCGUGCAAAAACGCUCUUGGAAAGCCCAGAUUUGAAGCUUGAAAACACUGAAACUUUAUUUUUUUAAGGUAUACGUAGGAGAUAUUGGAAAAUAAGUUAUACCAGCAGCUCCUUUUCUUUUAGCUUUACUACACGUGCAGAAAAACGUUUUAGCGAAGAUUCACACAAAGUACACCUCACAGUGGCAUUACUAGUGGUAUUUAGGUUUCAUUGCCUUUGCGAUCACCUACUUUCACCUAAUGUCAUACCUCAUGAUCACCUAUUUCCUUUCCUAGGGGCGUGUCUUCCGCGUACAAGCGACGAGUGUGCGCGUUGGCUGUACAUCAAGGAACCUGCGCUAGGCCGUUAGCUCCGGCACUAUCCUGUGUCUAAAACUUGAGAUCAAAUCUAGUGUUCAUGUGACUUUAUCAAAACAAAGAUAACAAGAAUGAAUUGCCGGACAUAGCGUUGCGAAAUGCAACAAUGUUUUAAGAAACGCCCAGCCGUCCGUCCAACUGCAUCUUAAAUGGCAUGCACCAAAUAACGUGCGGCCAUCGGGGAAAAGAUUGAUAACUACCCUUGAAUAAUUUGAUUGCUGAUGACACGAAAUUUAGAUUACACUAAAAUUGUGCUUUCAUUUGCCCGAACCUAUGAAGGUCACGUGACGUGACGAGCCUGUCACGCAAUCGUAACUUUUCUUCAUAGGCGCGUCCUGUACGAUGGUUAUAACGGGCGGACGAGAAUUGUUGUGGGCGAUUUUCUCUUAAUUGAUCAAUUCACCUUUUGUGCUGCGCUCUUAUAGUGAUUUGCAUAGAAAUUUCCUUACCGCCACGUAAUUGUUCAAAAAUAAAUGGCCGCUUUCUAGUCGAUGUUCACCGGGUUCUAAAUAAUAGCAGUCAUGUUGCCAAUUGUUUCCAAAACAAACAAUAGAAUCCUAGAAGUAACGCUUGUUCAUUUGCAGUUAUGGUGGUGGUCAUUGCGAUAAGUGCAGCUUUCAUCGAGUUCCUAUAUAGACAUAUUGUCCGCAGGAUUCUGCACAAACCGGAUUCUGUUGAUGGCGCCUUGCAGCACAUCAGCGGUGUACACUGUAGCUAUAGUACAGAUACGUUGAUGUAAUUCGUAGCAUAUGUUAGGAAUCUUUCUUACUCCUCGGCCAUCUCAAAACACAGUACCGUGUGAAAGAGUGUGUCGUAGGCGAAGUAUGCCAUCAUAUGCAGCCAUCUUGCAUUCCGUUCAAAGCAAGAUGGGUGUUUAGGUGUGCGCGUGCGCUUGGAUGGGUAUAUGCGUUGUUUUUAUGUGUGUUGUGCACGUGUGUUCAGUCAAUAUAACUUGCUUGCCAAGCAAA